UCCAUAACAACAGAGUCAUAAAAGGCUGUGACUUAGCAAGGUUUCCCAGUGGACGUAGAAUACAUAUACAGUAGUCGCAAAUAUUGUCUGAAAAUACAACAAAAUGAAUAACAGCAACGUUGCAAAUGCUUCAUCAUCACAGCAUUCACUAGAGGACGACUUCGAGAAAACAAAAGCUGGAAAAGAAGAAAUACUUGCUAUAAAUAACCCCGGUAAUCCGGUAUUCUCUUGUCCUGCGAGGGCUGAGUUUGGUGGGCCAACGGCAAAGUCUUUGAACCAAGACUGUUUUGAUGGCUACAAUACGUCUCAACCAAACCCGAUGUACAUGACAAGUUCUCAGGAGUAUGGAAAUCGCCGCCCCACCGUUCACACGAUGCCAACAAGUUUUCAUGCCAAAUGUCAAAAAUUCACAGAUCAUUUAGGAAAGUGUGGAAUGUACAGAAACCAUUCACUCAAUACCGCAUCAGACAAAAGCAUUGUUUGAAUUAUGUGCUUGGAAUUUAUGAAAGAAUGAGGACAUCUUUGUGAAUAUUUCUUUUUUCAAAUUGUCUGUAGAGGCUUUGAAGAACAGCAUGUUCUGCAUGCUUAACUAUAUUUAGAUAAUUUUAUUUAGUAAUAAAGACAUUGUAUAUAGUGA